AUAUAGUCCCUGAGUAGAACAUUUUUGGCGUGCAGGAAAAAUGCAUCCGCAGCGUAGCAAAACAAAACCGAAAACUGCAACAAAGUGCAUCCAUCAGUCGCAAAACGCACCCAAAACGUCAACACGUACGAAUUAAUUUCGGUUUCGCAGCUUAUUUUCCAACAGUUUGUUUUAUUCGCGAGAUAAUUGAAAAUAUCUCGGAAAUAAGUAAUUCUGGAGAUGUGGAAGAAAGGCAAUAGUUGAAUGAAUAAGGAAAAGUAGUGCAUUUGUGCGGAGAAAUCGAAUUUGGGACAGCACUUGCAUAACGCCCCGUCUUAGAACAGGUUGCUGACCUUGGCAGAGUUUCUGUCUGAAUGAUAAGACAAUGGCCAACUAUCAGCUGCACUCGAAUGAGACUAGUAUUUCAAUCCCGCGGAUUAUAACGGUGGACAGCGUUAAUUACUACGAAGUGCUGAUCAAAUGUGGCCACGUCAUGUGGACUGUGAAUCGUCGGUAUCGGGACUUUGAUGACCUCCACAAUAAGCUGGUCCAAGAACGAAGUGUCGCCAAAGACAAACUUCCACCCAAGAAAGUGAUUGGCAAUAAAAGCCCUACGUUUUUGAAGAAGCGCCAGGAAGCACUGGAGCAGUAUCUAAAAGAGAUGCUAACCUUUUUGAAGGUGACAAUGCCGAAAGAGUUCGUCGAGUUUCUUGAGUUCCACCGAUACGACAUAAUAUUCCUGUCGCAAAACUUGGCCAAUUGUUUCUUCCUUCGAGGGGAAAGUUUCCUGGCCAAGUCGAAAAAGUACGGCUUUUCGGUACUAGAGUUGCAUGCCUUCAGUGAGCGGUUAAAAAUUCCGUGUCCCUCCACGGAAGCGGCCGAUGGGGCACUGAACUUUUCCCACAUAAUGGAUUUCUGCUCCCAGUUGCAAACCGUAAUAGUGCUGCCGACAAAAAACAGUCUCCCCAUGAUACUUUACGACGACGAUUCCGAUAAGUACAUUCCCCACGCACUGCACAAACCGGUCGGGAGCAGUAAUCUGAUUCCGUCGCAGUUGCGAUACGAGCUGAGCAUAUUCCGAGGAUUGGAGAAUCUCAUCAUUUACGGCAUUUCCACAGAGAACAUCGAGAACGUUGGUGGCCUUCGGGAGAGUUUGAUCCGGAUAGAAAUCUACAAGAGCGAAAUCAAGCACAUCCGGCAGAUUACGUUGUGCGAUGAUAUCCACAGGAAUAAUACCGAGGAAUUGGACCGAUCGAAGGUAUGGAAAAAACUACGGCACGCCGUCUUCAAAGAAAAUCAGCUGAUGGAAAUCGACCAUUCAAUUCGAUUAUUUCCCAAUUUGAAAGACCUGGUGCUAGAUAAGAAUCAAAUUGAAAGUAUAGCCCAUUUGAGUCAUUUAAAUAACCUACAAGCUUUGAGCUUACGUUGCAACCGAAUUACGGAAUGUCGAGAUUGGCAUUUACAGCUCGGUAAUUUAGUAAGCCUCAACUUGUCGCAAAAUAGGAUCCGAUUGCUCGAAGGCCUUUCCAGGCUUUACUCACUAGUCAAUUUGGAUCUGAGCUGCAAUCAUAUCGAUGACAUCAACGAAAUUGAUCACAUUGGCAAUCUACCAUUGCUCGAAAACUUACGACUAAUGGGGAAUCCCGUGGCUGGCAGUGUUGUAGAUUAUCGUGCCCGCGUUUUGUCCCGAUUUGGAGAUCGUCUUCAGGAAAUCUACUUGGACAAUGAAAAGGGAAAUCAGUUGGAAUAUGAUACAGCGCUGGUACUGUCGGCUCUGCGUAUAUCAGCUCAGAACUCUCAACGGAAACUGCACAGCUUGCUGGACACGGCUAAUGCAGAGGAAAAAUUGCCCGGAACAAGUGGCAGUAGUGGGAGCAGAUAGCAUUAGUAUUCGUUGCCAGAUCAAUGUAAGUCUUGCACUUCAUUUGAAUGUUUUAUGUGAGUUUAUGUUCAAAGUUGAGUUAGAGCGGGCGAGUAAAAGCAGUUAUUGUUUUACUUCAGAAGAUAGACGAAAUGGAUAGAAAAUUUUGUUACUGGAAAUACCGCCUUCAUAUAUCGAUGUGCAUACGACCUAAUUUGGAACAUAGAAUUAGGCGUUUGUAUCAAUAUACAUACCUUCUGAAUCGUGUAAUAACGAUAUCACAUAGAUGUGAGAAAUAAAUCGUAGUAGACAUGAAA